AUGCUGCGACGCACCGCCACAACGCUGCGGUACCGCACGGCAUGGCGAGAGCUUCUGCACCCUCUGCCCGUGCGGGCGCGAAGGGCGGAGUGGUUGAAGCGUGACGCGGUUGAGCAGAAUGAGGCGCUGCUACGCCGGCCGUACUACACCCUUAAGUCCUACACACUGCCGCCAGUGGUGGGGCAGCAACCCGCCACAAGCACCACGGACGCGCGACGCCGCGGUGCUGCCUACUGCACCUCCUCCGAUAGCGUCGAUGACAUACUACGGCAGCCCCGACGUGUCACCUCCCCAGAGCGGCUCAAGGAAUUGCGUGAGGAGCUGCAGUUCCCCAGCGCUGUUGGGCCGCAGCUGGAAGCCAUGUCCCCGACGGGGCGACCGACGGAGAGCUACACAGAGGCGUACGGGUCAAGGUUGCGUCCACGCUACCCAGAGAGCUGGGACACGGUGCCGCCGCAUCAACCCUCAAGAGGCAUGUUGUGA